UCCUAGCUCUUAUUAUAUCACUUAAAAUUUCUUUUGAAUAUCGAUCGAUCGACUGGCUAAUGCAAACUAGCUGCUAGCUAGCUAGUUUUUCAUUGUACCUUAAUUUUUGCAGUUGGUGAUUUAAUUAGCGAGAAAUUGAAUGAAGAUCUUGGUACGAGAAUCGACGAUGGUGAGGCCAGCGGAAGGCGCGCCCAAGAAAAAGAUAUGGAACUCUAACCUGGACCUGUUGGUAUCGGAGUACCACACACAAACCGUGUUUUUCUAUGGACGGCCCAAUGCAGCUUCCGACAACAACUUCUUUGAUACGAAAGUGAUGAAAGACGCGUUGAGCAAGGUGUUGGUGGCAUUCUACCCAAUGGGGGGUCGAUUUAAAAAAGAUGAAAAUGGCCGGAUUGAGAUCGAUUGUCAAGGGCAAGGAGUGUUGUUUGUGGAAGCCGAGUGCAGUUGUUUACUCGACGAUUUUGGUGAUUUUGCACCCAGAGGGGAGUUUGUGAAACUUAUCCCGAUGAUUGAUUACUCGCUUGGGAUCGAAUCAUAUCCUAUCCUGGUCCUCCAGGUAACUUACUUCAAAUGUGGGGGAGUCUCCCUAGGAGUGGGAAUGCACCAUCGUGUUGUGGACGGGAUGUCUGCGUUGCAUUUCAUCAACUCAUGGGCCGACAUGGCUCGUGGCCUUGAACUCACUCUCCCUCCAUUCAUAGACCGAACCCUCCUCCGUGCUCACGACCCACCUCAGCCCAUCUUUGACCACGUCGAAUACCUUCCCCCUCCACCUAUGAAAUCAUCAACUCCAAUAACAACAUUAGAUGGCGGUGAAACCAUGACCUCUAUCUUCAAAUUGUCACGAGACCUGGUCAACAAACUCAAAAUGAAAUCGAAAGAAGAUGGCAACACAAUCCACUACAGCAGUUAUGUAAUGCUGGCUGGCCAUAUUUGGAGGUCAGUGUGUAAAGCUCGUGAGCUACCAGAUGAUCAAGACACCAAGCUCUACAUCCCCGUGAACGGGCGGGGUUCUCUUCGGUCCGUUUUGCCACCAGGCUAUUUCGGUAAUGUCGUUGUAAUGGCCACUCCUAUAGUCCUAGCCGGAGAGCUUCAAUCGAACCCUACUUGGUAUGCUGCCAGUAAAAUCCAAGAUGUGAUAGCGCAACGUAGAAAUAAGGAUUAUAUCGAGUCAGUAAUCGACUAUUUGGAACUACAGCCCGAUCUAAACACUAUGGAUCUUGGCGCUCAGAAGUUUAAAAGUCCUAACAUUGGGAUAAGUAGUUGGGUUGGGCUCUCGAUAUACGAGGCCGAUUUUGGAUGGGGCCCGCCUAUAUUCAUGGGGCCUGCUUCCAUCCCUUUCGAAGGGCUUAGUUUUGUGCUACCAAGCCCGAUCAAUGAUGGAAGCAUGUCGAUUGCCAUUUCACUGCAAGCUCAACACAUGAAGCGUUUUAGCAAAUUGUUGUAUGAUAUCUAG